UGUUUUGCACAGUUGGACAAUAUUUAAACGAUUAACCACAUAAAUAAUACAGCGGGAAGUGUCUCGCUUCAUUUAUAAUCAGGGCGUAAACACAAAAUCCCCUACAAUAGAGCCACCUGACCAUGUUUGUGCGAACUAGCCUGCUAGCUCGUUUUGUAUUACGGCAAUAUAAUACUGCAGGGCGUAACCUUUUUUUGUAUUUAGAAACAAUUCGGUUAUAUUUACACCUGAUCUAUAAGGUGUUCUUGGUCUAGGUGAAAUGAUUUGGUUUGUAGAUAAUCUUUGUAUACUGUAUGUAUGUCGCAGUAAGCACUAUUACCAGAUUACCUGCAUAGUACUGUACAUUAGUUCACAUUAGAGGUGGGCGAUAUAGCAGAAAUGCUGUGUUACAGCUGUUGCAAUACAUCAUUUUGUGUCUUUUAUGAGCAGAGAAUCGAUUUUAAUGUUAUUUACGUUUAACGUCCACGUACUGUAUGUGUAUUAAACGAUUUAACCUCCACUCAGCCUCGUGUUACUCUGAGUGUGAAUGGAACCGGUGUUUCUGCGCAUGCGCGGUUAAGUUUUACACGCACAUUAAAUUCACACUUCUUUAUUUAUUGCAUGCUGGAUUGUUUUUUUUUAUUUGUUUGUUUUCUUCUUCUUCUGAUCACGAGAUCAUAUUAAAUACCAAAAAUAUGCUAACUCUAGUUUUUAUUGACAUUUUCAAAGAAGAAAUUUCUCAUUUUCACAUUUGUGGUGGCUUGGCUAAAGUCUCGGGGUUACUGAUAUAGGGGGUCGGGGGUUAAAGCCCCAGCACUGCCAAGCUGCCACUGUUGGGCCCUUGAGCAAGGCCCUUAACCCUCUCUGCUCCAGGGGCGCUGUAUCAUGACUGACCCUGCGCUCUAACCCCAGCUUCCUAACAUGCUGGAGUAUGCAAAGAAAAGAAUUUCACUGUGCGUAUGUAUAUGUGAUCAAUAAAAACUCAGUAUCAUUAUAUUUGUGGGCUACUGUUUUAUGAAGACCUACAGUAUAAAAGCACAUCAUGGUUGGACAGUUUGAUAAGAUGCUUGGGCAAGGUUAACAUCUAGCUAGUCACUAAGUGAUGGCUCCAGUAGGCAAGCGCGCCCUCCGUAGAGAGGAGUUUGUGCUUGAGCUAGCUUGUGAGUGGGGCUCGUGCCAGGAGACAUUCGGUGGGAUGGAGGAGUUCUGUCAGCAUGUGGAAACUCAUUACCAAGACCUCGCUGCAGAGAGCGAGGACCCGGAUAUACCAGAGGACGUGCACAGCUGCCUGUGGCAGGACUGUGGCUUCUGCUCAGUGGAGUCUGAUGGGGAGAUGCUGAGGCACAUGCUCUUUCACUGCUACCACGCUAAGUUGAAGCAAUGGGGGUUGGCUAUGCUCAAGGCUCAUCCGGACAUGGGUGACUGUUCAGUGGGUCUCCAGAACCGCAACAUCGUGCCUGAGGUCCAGGAGAGCUUCCUCUGCCUUUGGGAGCAUUGUGAUACGAACAUGGAUAACCCCGAGUGGUUCUACAGGCACGUGGAGAUGCAUGCACAUUGCCUACAAGUCAAUAAGGAGAACAUUCUGUUCUGUGGCUGGAAAGAUUGCGAAGCCUCGUUUAAGGGCCGGUUUAAAUUGCGGGAGCAUAUGCGGAGUCACACUCAGGAGAAGCUGGUGGCGUGUCCAACCUGCGGUGGAAUGUUUGCCAACAACACCAAGUUCUUCGACCACAUCCGACGACAGACCUCCAUAGAGGGACAAAGGUUUCAGUGCUCUCACUGCUCAAAGCGCUUUGCCACUGAGAGGCUGCUGAGAGACCACAUGAGGAAUCAUGUAAACCAUUAUAAGUGUCCGCUGUGUGACAUGACAUGCCCCUCGCCAUCCUCUUUGAGGAACCACAUCAAAUUUCGCCACAGCAACGAGAAACCUUACAGCUGUGACUACUGCGAGUACAGCUGUAAGAACUUGAUAGAUUUGCGAAAGCAUCUGGAAACGCACAGCAGCGAACCAGCCUAUCACUGUGACUUUGCUGAUUGUGACUACUCCACCCGCUCCAUGCACUCUAUCAAAAACCACUACAAACGUGUACAUGAGGGAGAUUACACUCCACGGUAUAAGUGUCAUGUGUGUGAGCAGUGUUUCACCAGAGGGAAUAACCUCACUGCACACCUACGCAAGAAACACCAGUUCAAAUGGCCUUCAGGGCAUCCCAGGUUCAGAUAUAAGGAGCAUGAGGACGGCUUCAUGCGGCUGCAGCUGAUCCGCUACGAAAGCGUAGAGUUGACUGAGCAGCUGAUGCAGGAGCGACAGGGCGAUGGAGACAGCAGUGAAUCUGUUCCUCAGACAGAGUCAGGGGAAACUGAGCUCCCUGUAACUGCAGAUGAGAACACCAAAGUGGUCACAAGAAGGGAUCGAGAAAGAGACUGCAGAAUGCAAGAAGUUCGAGAGAAUGUGUUGCCGGACCUCACAAGUGGCGCUUCUUCCUCAGAGGUGGAUUCGAAUAGGGAAGAGUCUGUGAUGCGACAGUUACAGGACACCGCUCAGAAGCUGGGCAUGGAGGUGGUCUAACCCCAUAUCUCCCACACACACACAUACACACCCCGGCCCCAAAUGAAAUGAAACGAAGUCCAUUAAAUAGAAAGAACUUAGUCAAAAGCACAGGUCCAUUGCUUAUGUCUUAUGCACUAGUAGAACAAAGUGAGUGGAUUUCUUAGAAGAAACGUCUUGGAGUAUGAAGCGAGAGUGUGUGAGUGAGUGAGAGAUUGAAGAAACUUACUUUUUUAUUAUUAUUUAAUUUUAUCUCAGGCCUGAGGCAGUUUGGACGGUUCGUUUCUGGAUCCCGUUCAGCACACUGUACAGUUUAGCACAAUAGUUGGUUUUGGUUUGAUAUAAAGGUGCCGUUUGUACAGUGUUUCUGGACAUACAGUGAUCAUAUAGUUUCAGAAGGACCUUAGAGAUUCCCUUAAUCAUGAUAUCCGUUCAUUAAAAGUGUAAUUUUUUUAGUUUUUUUGUUUCAGGCUUUUGUUGACCUUCAAGCGCAGGUUGUUUGGUUGAAGAAACAAUUGCAGUUCACCUCGCAGGCCACUCUAAAAGUUACAAACUGCUCCUUUAAUUGGAAGCAUACUACUGAUUAACUCCAAUAACACCUUUUCGGCAGACAGUGCAGUACGGCAGGGAGCGGUUGCUAAUCUGAAUUCAGAGCUAUUUCUACCCUGGUGACUGUUCCCAUCACAUAGCAUUAUCUCUGAUAUGUAGGGGGGAACGUGUUCUCUGGAGAUUAUGGGGUGGUGAUGUCAUUCUCCACACAAAGGUAAUGGUACUUAAACAAGGUCUGGCUUACUUGCUCUUUGGGAAUGAGGACACUACUAAAGUUGUCCCGUACUGUUCAUUGGGAAAAGAAAGUCUAGCUAGGUAGUGUUAUUUCAAAAUGGUGGUUAUCUGACUUGAGUAAGAAUUACAUUUGACCUAUUGAUGAUCUGCUCCACCGAUAUGCCCUUUCUGGUUCCACUGGUACUGUGACAAGUAGAGUAAGCAAAUUCUUCACAUAUAUUUAGUUAUGGGAUCACUCAUAUGAUAAUGUAUAUAAUGACUUUCUGUUUAUUAAAUUGCUUUCAUUCGUUUGUAUUGAAACGGAAAAGAUAUCACAUGUAAAUGGAUUUAUGGCUUUAAAAUAAUAUCUAUUACAAGAAAGCACUCACAUUUCUCUUUUGCUUCUUUUACAUUAUUUCAUUUUGGGGCUAAACUCUUCAAUGACCAAGAUGUGCAUCAGCAACUACUAGGUAGCUAGUAUCAAGAAGAGAGUAAAUUACUGAUGUAAUGAUUACUGUGUUCUUUUUUUUUUUUUUUCUUUUUAUUUAUUUACUUUUUAAAAUAUAGCAAAAGGGUGACUGUAAACGACAACAUGGCGGCUAAAAUAUGUCAUCAGGAUUUUUCAGGUGCUACAAUUUUAAGAAUAUUAUAUAAAUUUAAGAAUAAAUUUAUUUCUGAA